UUUCCCACAUCAUCAUCAUCAUUCAUAAGACAAGCUAGCCCCCUUGCAUCCAACCGGACCCAAUCAUUUUCUCUCUCUCUCUCUCAAAUUUCAGCUAAUCAAUCACUCUCCAUUUCAACUUUCUUUCUACAUCCAUCCAUGGCUGAGGAAACCCAAAAACCAGCUGAAGAAGUCAUCGCAGCUGCCCCCUUGGACACCACGUCCAAGGACGCACCACCUGCACAAGUAGAAGAAGUCACGGAGCCAGCUGCAGCAGCAGUUGAAGAGGUGGCGGAGGAAGCAGAGAAACCAGCAGCAGCAGCAGCUGAAGAUGCUGCGGCCGAGGAGAAGAAGAUAUCUCAAUCGGUGUCUUUCAAGGAGGAGAGCAACGUGGUCGCUGACCUCCCCGAACCUCAGAAGAAGGCACUCGAUGACCUCAAACAACUUAUUCAAGAUGCCCUCAACAAGCACGAGCUCUCUGCUCCCCCACCCCCCAAGGCCCCGUCACCAUCCACUGAGGCCAAGAAGGACGAAGUUGCAGCUGCAGCUACAGAAGAAAAAGUAGAAGAAGAAGAAGAGAAGAAAACAGAGGAAGAAAAGAAACCUGAUGAAGAAGAGAAGAAGGAAGAGGUAGUUGAAGAAGAAAAGAAACCUGCUGAAGAAGAGAAGAAGGCCGAAGCUGAGGGUGAGGCCACAACAAGCGGUGAAGAGAAGAACGUGGUCGAAGCAGUGACGGAGGUGGUGGUAGAGGCAGGUGAAAAGACGGUGGAAGCUAUUAAGGAAACCAUAGUAUCUGUGGUUGCUGUAGGUGAAGAAGAAGAAGGAAAGGAAGCUCCUCCUGAAAUUCCUUCAGAGCCAGAGGAAGUAUCAAUUUGGGGAAUUCCCCUGCUUGCUGAUGAGAGGAGCGAUGUGGUCCUCCUCAAAUUCCUGAGAGCCAGGGACUUCAAGGUUAAAGAUGCCUUCACCAUGAUCAAAAACACGGUGCGUUGGCGCAAGGAAUUCGGCAUCGACGCCCUGGUCGAUGAAGAUCUGGGAAGUGAGUGGGACAAGGUGGUGUUCACUCAAGGACAUGACAAGCUAGGCCACGCUGUUUGCUACAACGUCUUCGGUGAGUUCGAGGACAAGGAGUUGUAUCAGAAAACAUUCUCUGACGACGAGAAGCGCCAGAAGUUCAUCAAGUGGAGGAUUCAGGUGUUGGAGAAGAGUGUCAGAAAACUUGACUUCUCUCCUACUCCUACUGCUAUCUCUACCAUUGUUCAGGUCAAUGAUCUCAAAAACUCUCCUGGACUUGGCAAGUGGGAGCUCAGGCAAGCUACUAAUCAGGCACUUCAACUGCUUCAAGAUAACUACCCUGAGUUUGUAGCCAAACAGGUGUUUAUCAACGUCCCUUGGUGGUACCUUGCCUUUUCUAGGAUGAUCAGUCCUUUCCUGACACAGAGGACCAAGAGCAAAUUCGUCUUUGCUGGCCCAUCCAAAUCUGCUGAAACCCUUUUCAAAUAUAUAGCUCCAGAGCUAGUGCCAGUUCAAUAUGGAGGACUGAGCAGGGAGGGUGAACAGGAAUUCACCACUGCUGACCCUGUCACUGAGGUUACAAUUAAACCAGCAACAAAGCAUGCUGUUGAGUUACCAGUUUCUGAGAAAGGACAUCUGGCUUGGGAACUCCGAGUUGUGGGUUGGGAUGUGAACUAUGGAGCAGAAUUUGUGCCUGGUGCUGAAGAUGGUUACACUGUGAUAGUGCAGAAGAACAGGAAAAUUGGUCCAGCUGAUGAGACAGUGAUCAGUAACAGCUUCAAAGUUGGCGAAGCAGGCAAGGUUGUGCUCACCAUUGAUAACCAAACAUCCAAGAAGAAGAAGCUCCUCUACAGGUCCAAGACCACUCCCAUCUCUGACUGAUAAGAUAAUGGCAAGGUGAAGAAUAAUAAGGAAGGUGUUGAAUGUGUAUUUAUUACAUUACAAGGAUAAGAACAUUGUACAAGUUCCGGGCCAGGGGGGCUUAAUUCUUUUAUACAGGGUUAUUUUGUUCAUAAAUUGUUUUGUUUCAAGUCUGGGGUUGCCAAUUUUAUUUACAGUUAGUAUCAAUCAAUGUGCUAUUUUGUUCAUCAAACAUUUGUUGCGGAGAUGCAUCACCUGGAAGAUGGUGGUGGUGGUGGAGAAAAAUGAAUGACUCUUCUUGUGGACUGUGGGAGAAAAACUGUUUGCAUUGUAAUACUUUUUUAUGACUGUAAAGUUUGUUUGAAUGUGUUAACGUAUUACUUAUUGGCGUAAUUAAUCAAAAUUUAGUUCAUUGUUUCUGUUA